AAAAUAUUAAACGAUAAUGUCAAAUCAUCCAUAAGCUGCUUAAUAACCAUAAUAAGCUCCAGCUCCUUAGACAUAAUAAAGACCUACAGGUCCAGUUUAUCCAAAUACUUAUUUACCACCUACUUAUUAUCCAGCUUCUCCGAUUAGAUAAUCUUAUGUGGCUCCAGUUGCUCCAGUUUAAUAUGCACCAGUGGCUCAAAUGCCUGUUGCACCUAUAGCUUCUGUUCCUGUUUAAUAAUUCGCACCUGUUUAAGUUUAGCCAAUUGCAGUUGCCCCUGUAGCUCCAGUUGCUUAAGUAAAUUUGAAUUUCAUUUUAGCACCAAUCAAUAAAAGGUGAAUCUAGAAUAGAAUACAUUCCAUAUUAAAAAGCUGUUGUUGAAUAUGAAGAAUAAGAAAUUGUGUCCUAUGUUCCAAGAGAAACUAAAGUCACAGAUUAUUAUGCUGUUGAAUAUUAAACUGAAUAUAUUCCCUAAGUAUUUUAAGAGAAAUACACAGGUAAUAAAUGAAAAUAUAUAUUUCAGAAUAUGUACCAGUUGAUAGAUAUUAAGAAAGAGUUGAAUAUUAUCCAGUAGAAAGAUAAGUUGUUCAUUAACAGCCAACUUAAUAUGUAUAAUAAGCUGUAUCAGUUGUUCAAUAACCNUAAAUAUGUUUCUCUUUUUGA